AGAGGAGGAGGAGGAGAAGGGGGAGGAGAAAGAGGCGGAGGAGGAGGAGGACAACUUACCCCGCUGAGCUUUCUUUGGGGAAUACGGGCAUCACGGUUUAGAUCUGCAUGUAAAAUCCAUACAAAGUGUCCGCCACUACAAGUCUGACCCUCCUCUCCACCCCGUUUGUUUGUUUGUUUUUUCUUUCCCUUUUCUCUGCUGUCAGAAAGACUGAAACAGAACUAUCUCUGUUUCUGGCUCCACUGCCAGUGAAGGAGUUUUCAUUCAGACUUUCCGAAGAGAGGUGGAGAAAUCUAGAGACCCAGGAGAAGAGGCCCUUUGAGCCACAGAUGGGCCAUUAGUCCCUCUGCUUUUCUCAGCGUGGAUAAGCCCUUUCUUCAAGGAUUUUCUGAUGUGCCCUAAGAUCCAUGUAACUACAAGGGCUCUUUAUCACCAUAAGUGCCACCCUGACCCAAAACCACUCAGAACUCAAGAAUCAAGGCAAAAUGGAUGCCACAGUGACAGAUGAUUUCCAGCAAAUUCUGCCUAUUGAACAGCUGCGCUCUACUCACGCUAGCAAUGAUUAUGUGGACCGUCCUCCAGUCCCCUGUAAACAGGCCCUCUCUAGCCCUUCCCUUAUCGUGCAAACCCACAAAUCUGAUUGGCCCCUGGCUACCAUGCCUACUGCUCUCCCACGCAGUCUCAGCCAGUGCCAUCAAUUGCAGCCCUUGCCUCAGCAUCUGAGCCAAUCUAGCAUUGCCAGCUCAAUGUCCCAUAGCACCACUGCCUCUGAUCAAAGGCUCUUGGCCAGCAUUACGCCCUCACCUUCAGGCCAGUCCAUCAUCCAAACCCAGCCUGGAACAGGAGCCCACCCAAAGGCUGAUGGUGCUCUGAAGGGAGAAGCUGAGCAAUCUGCAGUGCACCCCAGUGAGCACCUCUUCAUCUGCGAGGAGUGUGGGCGCUGCAAAUGUGUCCUCUGUACGGCAGCUCGCCCUCUCCCCUCCUUCUGGCUGUGCAACCAGCGUUGCCUUUGCUCUGCAGAGAGCCUCCUCGAUUAUGGCACUUGUCUCUGCUGUGUUAAGGGCCUCUUCUACCACUGUUCUACUGAUGAUGAAGACAACUGCGCUGAUGAGCCCUGCUCCUGUGGGCCUGGCUCUUGCUUCAUCCGCUGGGCAGCCAUGAGCCUCAUCUCCCUCUUCUUACCCUGCCUGUGCUGCUACCUGCCUACCCGUGGAUGCCUCCAUCUGUGCCAGCAGGGCUAUGAUAGUCUUAGGCGACCAGGCUGCCGCUGUAAAAGGCACACCAACACUGUGUGCAGAAAAAUCUCUUCUGGUAGUGCGCCCUUCCCCAAGGCCCAGGAGAAGUCUGUAUGACCUUCCCACAAAAGGGAUCCAGUGCUUUCUCCUUCUAGGCCCCAUCAAUAAAGCAUAGGCCUCAUCUUUGAAGAAGGGGAGGAGGAGUAAAGUAGCCAAGCCAAAGUUAGGGCUCACCAGUUUUGUUCCUGCAGUGUCAGGGGAAUGGUCAAGUACAUCCUGGUGCAGGAUGCCUUGCUCUUUCUCACGGUAUCUAUCCCACUCCUCUUCAGUCUUUUUACACCCAUCAUCUCAGCCCUUACGGCUGUCAUGGCAUAUUC